GCGCGUUGCCAUGGCGACUGAAAGGGGACACACAGGAAGAGGGGGUUAGGGGAGUAGAGCCGGGGAGGAGGAGGGGGGAGGAGAGGGGCUGGGUCUGAGAUUGAGGAAGAGUGGCGAGCUUGCAGAGUUGCCGGUGCUUUGACAGGGAGCAGCAGCAGCAGCAGCAGGCGCCGGUGGAGCAUCUGGAAACCGGCCGCUGGGGCAGAAAGGGGUUAAGCUGUGUGCAUGGUCGGAUGAAUUCGGAGAUGCAGACUUCCAAUCUUGGCUCUCAGUUCAUGGCAGGGGCCCAGGACAAAGUACCUGCCAGGAAAAGAGGGAGGCCCCCCACCCGUAAGCUGGAGUUCCACUAUCCUGAUUCCCUGUCAUCCCUCAAGGUCCCAAAGAAAAGAGGCAGAAAACCUGGCUUUAAGGCUAUCAUCCCUCACUCUGCUGCACCACAGGCCCUUGCAGCAGAGACUGCGGUGCCUGAUGAGUUCACGUGUGACCCCCUUGCAGACUCUAAGCGCUACGCGGUCGAUCCCAGCGACUCCGCCUUCAAGGUUAUGACAUCCCAGUACCAAACUAAGCGUCCCUAUGGUUACCGUCCUUCACUGGGUGUGCGCAGACAAGCGUCGAGCCCGGCUAGUUUUCAGGACGGAAAUAGGAACGUCUACAGCGCCAUGCCAGACAGCGGAGAAGCCAAGCGUCUUGCUGACAAAGACCCGUCCAGCUGGGGCGUAGAGGAGGUUGUUUCCUUCAUCAAAGAAGCUGACCCUCAAGCCUUGGCGCCCCACGCCGACACUUUCAGGAAGCAUGAAAUAGAUGGAGACGCCUUGCUGCUGCUGAAAAGUGAGAUGAUGAUGAAGUAUCUGGGACUCAAGCUAGGACCCGCCCUCAAACUUUGCUACCACAUCGACAAACUGAAGCAGGGUCGGUAGUGAUGCGCUCUCGCUGACGGCCAAACUUUCAUAAAUGAAGUCUGGAGCUCCGUCUACAG